AUUUAGGGUGGUUUCGGUCAUAUUAAUUGACGAACAAAGUUAACAAUCAGUAGUCAUCAAUGAUAUACAAUCUGAUGUAUUUUUGUGAAAACUCAGGAAUAUAGUAUAACGAAUUUAAAAAAGUUUAGGGGUAUACGGUGAAAAAAACGCUAUUCUAAAGUUAAAAAGUUAGGUUAUUUAAGGUACAUAUCCAAAGUCAAUAAAUCACUCUUUCGUAGCUGUCAAACCGUUCCCUCCACCCCUCCUUUUAAAAACACCACCUUGGCACCUUCAAAACACACAUACUCAAGUUCAACAUAGCAUGACAUACUAAAUAGAAUUAAUAUUAUAGGAAAAAGCAACAAAAUUAUACUCACUCUACUUAUAAAACAUCAACUUCAACAAGAAUUUUGAGAGAAAAAAAAAAAAAAAAAUCUAGUUUUGCCAAAAUGAUCAAAGGAAGAGAAAACAAACUAUUAGGAGGAGCAACACAAUCAGCAGAUUUCUUAGUAUGUUUUCCUUCAAGAACCCAUCUUACACUCAUGCCUAAACCCAUUUGCAGCCCUGCUAGAGGUUCCGAACCCUCGAAACGACACCACCACAACCACCACCUCAAGAGGAUCAACACUCGAACCUCAAGUGCCGCCUCCGGAGGGCCAAACAGCCCUCUUGUAUGGGCUAAAAACAACCAAUUGAGGCCGGAGAUAGCCGAGCCGACUUCCCCGAAAGUCACCUGUGCAGGGCAGAUUAAAGUAAGGCCUAGUUCUUCAAGUGGUUGUAAAAAUUGGCAAUCUGUAAUGGAGGAAAUUGAGAGGAUUCAUAAUCGUGGGAAAACCAAGAAGAAAUCAAAAUGGGUUGAAGGGUUUGGGUUUAAGAAAGAUGUUAUGAGUUUUCUUACUUGUUUAAGGAAUAUAAGGUUUGAUUUCCGGUGUUUUGGAGCAUUUCCUCAAUCUGAUGUUAUUAGUUCAGAUGAUGAGGAAGAAGAUCAAGCAUUCAAAGACGAAGAAUUCGAUAUUGGUGAAGAUGAUAAGGAAAACAACAUUGUUACUAAUAAUAGUAAUAAGGCAGUGUUUUCUAAAUGGUUUAUGGUAUUACAAGAGGAAAAUGAGGGUAAAGAUGUUACUAAAAAUAGUAAGAAAUCAGUGCUACAAGAGAAGAAUAUAGAGAGUGAUGAUGAAUGUGUUCCGGCCGUGCCACCGCCAAAUGCUUUGUUACUUAUGAGGUGUAGGUCUGCUCCUGCUAAGAGUUGGCUAGAGGAGAAAGAAAUUGAAGCUAAAGAAGAGGAAGAAAAAACAGAGGAAGAGGAAAAUUUGAAUAAGAAAAAGAAAAGAGAAAGUUUGGCAAUUUUGAUGAAAUAUGAUGCAGAAUUUUAUAAUUUGUCAACUGAAAUUUCUCAGGAAACUUGGGUUGUUGGUGGAUUCAAAGAUCCUUUUUCCAGGAGUAGAAGUUGGAGAAGGUGAUCUUCAGUCCUCUGUUUUUUUUUUUUUUUUUUUUUUUUUUUUUUUUUU